AUGCCUGCUGAUUUUAACGGAUAUUGGAAAAUGAUUUCCAAUGAGAACUUCGAGGAGUACAUGAAGGCUUUAGAUGUAAACGUUGCCAUCAGGAAAAUCGCCAACUUGCUGAAGCCUGACAAAGACAUCACUCACGACGGGGACCACAUAAUCAUCAAGACCCUCAGCACCUUCAAAAACUACAACAUGGACUUCUAUGUGGGCAAAGAGUUCGAGGAGGAUCUGUCUGGAGUGGACGACAGGAAAUGCAUGACCACCAUCAGCUGGGAGGGCGACAAGCUGGUGUGUGUGCAGAAGGGAGAGAUUGAAGGAAGAGGCUGGACCCACUGGGUGGAAGGAGAUGAGCUUCAUCUGGAGCUGAGAGCCGCGGGAGUUGUUUCCAAGCAGGUCUUCAAGAAGGCCUAAACAAGACGUGGCCCCGAGCCAACGGUGCCUCAGAUAAACACGUCUGGCACAAGCUCUGAAUCCAACUUUCCUUUGGUCUCUCUGUGUAUCCACCAUCUCGUUAUGAGUAUUAUUUUCACCACAUUUAUAUUCCAUCGACGUCGUUGCCUUACUUUGACAAAGCCAAAUCAUACAGUGUAGCAAUACCGUGUAUUUGUCUCCAGGUGGCUGCUUUGAUUCACAGGUUUAGAUGAGCUGGAUGCAUGUGUGUUGCUAGGUGUAGCCGAUCCGAUGGGUGAACCAGACUGAUGCAGUGAAAUGACCAGGGUUGGAGUUAUGGAUGAGAUGAAGAGAAAAUAAUUCUGUGAAUGAUUGUUGUGGAGGGAAAACAGUGGGAUCUGAGUUUGGGCUGUAACUGAUACUUACUCUGCAGAAUAAAUAUCUGAUAUAUGUAUAUAUUCCGAAUUCCUGUGGGACCGUGCCAGUGGUAGAAAGAUGAAUCGAGCAAUAAACAAACUAGUUCUCA